GAUGCUCCUGGCGAAGAAGAUGCAGACUUUGACAUGGAAAGCCCGCCGCCUGCGCCUGCCGAGGCUAUGGACCGCGACAGAUCAUCGUCUGAACCGCAUUCGAGACCAGGCAAGCGGAAAGCAGAUAUGGAUGACGAAGAGAUUUACAUGAAGGAGAACCCCGAGCUGUAUGGCUUGCGGCGUAGCGGCCGAGCAAGACCUACUAGGAGGGUAGUAAACGAAGAUAACGACGAUGAUGCUGUUAACAGCGGCAGACGUCGGAAACGUCAAAAGCUCGCAGGCGGCCGACCAGCUUCCUUUCGCGAGGAGCGAGACUCGUCGCGCGCUGCCACCUCUGACGCAUCUGUGUCGGAAGACGACACAUAUGGCGGCCAGCGCGGCCGAACGUUUGCAAAGAAGCAUCGACAAAAGAUGCAAGCCAUUGCCUCGGGCUCUGGAACUCCCCAGCUGAGCGAAGUCCGCUUUUCGUCACGGCGUGCGGCCAAGGUUACUACCUAUAACGAAGACGAAGGCUUCGACUUCAGCGAAGAAGACACCGAGAACAUGACGCCGAACUACUACUACGCAGAAGAGGACACCCGACCAUCUAUAGACCAAGUGCUGAAUCAUCGGUUGCUCGAGGGAGUCGAAUCUCAAGCUCCCGACAAGCACGAGUAUGAGUUUCUCAUCAAAUGGCAAGAUCAGGCACACUACCACGCGACAUGGCACAAGUGGGCAGAUCUCACAACCUCUCGUGGCUUCCGUCGACUAGAAAAUUACUUCCGCAAGAUUGUGAAGGUGGAUCAGCAGGUCGCCAACGAUCCGAACGUGCCACCCGAGGACAAAGAGCGUUGGAACCUCGAUCGAGAAGCCUACCUCGACUCGCUGAUCGACUACAACAAAGUGGAACGUAUCAUUGGUGCAAGAGAUGGCGAAGAGGGAACCGAAUAUUUCGUCAAGUGGAAAGCUCUCUUCUACGACUCCUGCACAUGGGAAAAGGGUGAGCUUAUCAGCCAGAUAGCACAGGGCGAGAUUGAUCGCUUCCUCGAUCGGUCCUCGAAACUCCCAGUGUCGGACAAGACUGAGCAAAACCCUCACACGCGGUCGAAAUACGUGCCGUUUAGGACUCAGCCGUCAUAUAUCAAGGGCGGAGAGCUUCGAGAGUUCCAGAUUCAUGGAUUGAACUUCCUGGCUCAUCACUGGUGUAGGGGCAACAAUGUCAUCCUCGCAGAUGAGAUGGGUCUGGGAAAGACCGUGCAGACGGUCUCGUUCAUGAACUGGUUGCGGUACGAUCGUCGUCAACAGGGACCGUUCAUUGUGGUCGUUCCGCUUUCUACCAUGCCGGCCUGGGCUGACACCUUCGACAACUGGACACCGGAUCUCAACUAUGUGGUGUACAAUGGCAACGAGGCUGCUCGCAAGGUCAUUCGCGAGUACGAACUUCUCGUCGAUGGCAACCCGAAGAAGGUGAAAUUCAACGUGCUUCUAACGACAUACGAGUACAUCCUGGCCGACGCCACCUUCCUCUCACAGAUCAAGUGGCAGUUCAUGGCUGUUGACGAAGCACAUCGCCUGAAGAAUCGAGAGUCACAGCUAUACGCUAAGCUCAUGGACUUCGGCGCUCCAAGCAGAUUGCUCAUCACCGGCACACCUAUGCAAAACACCUUGAGCGAGCUUUCCGCGUUGAUGGACUUCCUCAUGCCUGGCAAGAUUCACGUGGAAGAAAAUAUUGAUCUCACUUCAGAACACGCCAGCAAGAAGCUCGCAGAGCUUACAGAUGCCAUCUCGCCUUACAUGAUUCGUCGCACCAAGCAAAAGGUCGAGAACGAUUUGCCACCGAAGACCGAGAAGAUCAUUCGUGUUGAGCUGGCUGAUGUGCAGUUGGAGUACUACAAGAACAUCUUGACUCGCAACUAUGCUGCACUCAACGCCGGCAAUAAGGCCCAGAAGACUUCUCUGCUCAACAUCAUGAUGGAGCUGAAGAAGGCAUCGAAUCAUCCCUUCAUGUUUCCCAAUGCCGAGGAGCGCAUUCUGGCAGGCAGCGAGGCACGAGAAGACCAGCUCAAGGCACUUAUCACGUCCAGCGGCAAGAUGAUGCUCAUCGACCAAUUGCUCAUGAAGAUGCGCAAGGACGGCCACCGCGUGCUGAUCUUCAGCCAAAUGGUCAAAAUGCUCGACAUUCUUGGCGACUAUCUUCAACUACGUGGCUACCAAUUCCAGCGCCUUGACGGUACCAUUGCGGCUGGUCCUCGACGCAUGGCUAUCGAUCACUUCAAUGCGCCCGACAGCCAGGACUUCUGCUUCCUGCUUUCCACCCGUGCCGGUGGUCUGGGCAUCAAUCUCAUGACUGCCGACACCGUCAUCUUGUUCGACUCCGACUGGAACCCACAAGCGGAUCUUCAGGCGAUGGCCCGAGCACAUCGCAUUGGACAGAAGAAGCCUGUCACUAUCUAUCGGCUUGUCUCCAAAGAUACCGUGGAAGAAGAAGUGCUUGAACGUGCUCGCAAUAAGCUGAUGUUGGAAUUCAUAACAAUCCAACGAGGUGUCACCGACAAAGACGCUCGAGAGCUUGGUGACCGCAUGGCUCGGGCUGGCGCGAGCGUCGUGGAGCCAACUUCUUCCGAUGACAUUUCGCGUAUCUUGAAGAAGCGAGGCCAGAAGAUGUUCGAGCAGUCGGGCAACCAGCGCAAGCUCGAAGAGCUGGACAUUGACGCGGUGCUGGAGAAUGCUGAAGAGCACAAGACCGAGCAACCGGAAGGCAUGACCACAGACGGUGGCGAAGAGUUCUUGCGCAGCUUUGAAUACACCGACGUCAAGAUCGACCUCGAGUGGGACGAAAUUAUUCCCAAAUCAGAACUUGACAAGAUCAAGGACGAGGAGCGUAAGAAGCAAGAGGAGGAAUACCUUGAGUCUGUGAUCGAGCAGAACCAACCACGCAAGCGUAAGGCAGCUGCAGGUGGUGAGGAAGGCCGAGAUCAACGCGCUGCGAAGAAGCGGGCUCGCGAGGCCAAUAUGCAGCACAUGGACGAAGAAGGUUCUGGCGACGACGAUUCCGACCACGGCGCGGAUCCGAGGCGACCCCUUGGCGAGAAGGAGUGCCGACACCUCAUCCGCGCAUACGAGCGCUUUGGCGCCUUCGAAGACAAACAAGAUGACAUCAUUAAGGAGGCUCGCUUGAUCGGCCGCGACAUCAACAUUGUCAAAGAUACUCUCAAAGAAGUCAUCGAUACUGCUAUUCGACUGCAGAAGGAACACGCAGACCAACUGGCUGAAGCAGAGCGCACCACUGGCAAGGCUGUGACGAAGAAAGAGAAGAAAGCCGUGCUCUUUGACUUCCGCGGUGUCAAGCGUUUGAAUGCACAGACACUCACUGAGCGGCCAGAGGAGAUGCGCAUGAUUCGCGACUGCGUAGAUCAGAUCUCGGACUGGCGUAACUUUCGAGUUCCCGAGGCUUCGAAGCCUGCGUCAUACACCUGUGAAUGGGGUGCGAAGGAGGAUGGCAUGCUCUGUGUUGGUAUUGCUCGACAUGGAUAUGGCGCAUGGGUGCCUAUUCGGGACGACGAGGAGCUUGGUCUUGCAGACAAGUUCUAUUUGGAAGAGCACCGCGUCGGAGCAAAGGAGGCCCGUAACAAAGAAGGUGACGACACCAAGGUGGCCAAGUCGCCUGGCGCCGUUCAUCUGGUCCGCCGCGCCAACUACCUGCUCAGUGUUCUUCAGCACAAGACGAGCAAUGGCACGAACAUUGCUGCCAAGAAGGCGCUGGAGAAUCAUCACCGCAAUAACCGCAAGCAUCUGGGCCAGUUUCACGGUCGCAUGGCUACACCAGGCAGCCCAGCUCCAGGAGGUAUUCGCAAGCAGCAUUCGAGCGACGGUAGGAGAUACCACCAAUCCGACAUUCGCAACAGCGGGGACCGCCGCACACCGCAUGGGUCUCCCAAUGGUCACCGAGACGAUCGCUAUCGCCCGCGUCAUUCAGAGGAACGCCGGCCCCAGCAUCAAAGGAAUGGAAGCUCGCAUGCAAAUGGUACACCUUCCCGACCACUGACCGAGAGCGAGCAGCGCUGUCGCAAGAUUCUCGACCCUAUCAGCGCCACGCUUGUCAAGGUUUCAGGUGCUACCAAGAAGCGUAUUCCGGACGACGAUGCACGCCUCAAGAUGAUCAAGCUCGGAAUUGUUGGCAUUGGAACCCACAUCAAUUCGUACAUUCGGCAACACGAUGACCGCUCGUUGGAGGACACGCUCUGGGACUAUGUCUCUGAGCACCACUGGCCACAGUCGAAAGCUGCCGAUAAGCGGGUGCCAGGACACAAGUUACGGGAUAUGUACAAGAAGAUUGCUGGAAAAGACAGCGCAGCUGGUGGUUCCAAGCCCAGU